AUGUCGAAUAUUCAGUAUGAAUAUAUUGAUGAGUCAUCGAUUGAUGAAAAUUAUAAAUGUUUAAUAUGUAACGAACCAUUUCAACAUCCCGUAACAACACCUUGUGAUCAUAGUUAUUGUCAAGAAUGUAUUGAACAUUGGCUAGAUGAAGGUUAUUCAACGUGUCCUGCAUGUCGACAGCCAUCAUCUAUUAACAAUUUAAAGCCCGUUACAACUCGGUUAGUAUUAAAUAUUCUUGAUCGAUUACAAGUGAAAUGUCUUGAAUGCGGACAAUGUGGAAUUCAACGUGGUAACUUUAAUGAUCAUAUUGCUAAAAUAUGUCCAAAAGGAACUAUUCUUUGCUCAGCAUCUGAUAUUAAAUGUCCAUGGUCUGGUCAACGUGAUCAACUUCAAGAGCAUCUUAUUAAUUGUAGUUACGAAAAAUUAAGAUCCGUCUUAGAUUGUCUUAUUAAUACAAAUCGAACACUCGAAGAUCAAAUUCAAAUUCUUUCAAAUCAAGUACAAAUUUUACAAACAACAGUUCAAAAGCCAAGCAGACGCUUAAUAACUUUUAAUAAAUUGUUCAACAUUGAUAAAAAAAUUGAUUCUGGAACAUUAUCAGAAUCCUAUGAAGGUCUACGAUGGAUUAAUGUAUGGUAUAUGCAUGAACAAUGGAUUAAAGCAAAUCAUGCACAAAGUGGAUGGGAGAAUGCUUUUACAAAUGGCCAUGUUUGUAUUGUAUUCAACGGAAAAGGUAAUUCUAUGAGUAUCUGUACAAAACGUCAAGGUAAAGGAACAUUUUCAUUGAUAUCUUUUGAAGCAACUGCUGCUUGGCUUGAUAAUCUUCAAGUUAAUCUAAUUGGACGACGGGCGAAAGAAAAUUUAUAUUCAACAACAGUCAUUCUUCAAUAUGAUGCUUCACAAGUAUUUAAUCUUGGCUGGAAUGAUAUUGAUGAGAUUGAAUUUAUACCAAUUAAUGGAACAUCACAUCCUGGAAUCGAAUACACUGAAAAAUAUUUUGCAUUAACAUGGAUAUUAAUAGAUUAA